GACGCCAGCUCUGCAGCAUGGACUACUGCACGCCACAGCCGUCUCGCCGUCACAACCCCGUGGACAGCAUCUGCCGCAAGCUGCAGACCAUCCAGUGGCGCGGUGACCGGGAACCCAACUCGCCUUUCCAGAUCCCCAAGCUCUCGUCCAGCAGCUACGACAGCCCCCAGUGCGGCCUCAGGCACAACCUGGAGGCCAUCCUGAAGAAGGGCGCUCUCCACAGGGACGAGGGGGAGAGGGGGAAGGAGAGGGUGAGGGAGAAGGGCCGAGGGAUCGGGAUGCCGAGCUCCGCGGCUUCCCAGAGGAGCAGCCUGGGUCCAUGUGUCCCUUCAUCCAGCCCUUCCACCCCUUUGUGCAACGCUUCUUCCACGCCGGCCAACGUCACCUACACCAUCACCAGCACCCUGGGGGAGAGGAGGGGCGCUGACGGGAGCGAGUUAAGACAAGCCAAGACAUGGCAGAGGUACUGUUCGACCCCUACGAGCCAGCCAAAGGACUCCCCUUAUUUUACGUUCACGCAAGGACCUCACUCGGUGCAGCCCGAGAGGCAGAGCGAGAGCCCUCCUUUGUCUCGCACCUUCACCCCGAGCCACGGCACGCUGUCCUACAACCUCAACUUCUGCUCUUCGGACAUGAUGAACUCCACCGAGUGCGAGCUGCCCUACCCGGCUCUGGUCGUGAAAAGGUUGUCCAUGGGAGAUGGAGCGGUCGUGGGACCUUCAGCCGCUUCAGAAACCAGGAAGGAGACGAUGGCAGAAAUCAGUCUGAUCUGCGAGGAGAAUCUGCUCGAUACCAUCUUCCACGCCUGUGACACUCAGCGCAGAGGUAAAGUGUACGUUUCUCACAUCGUCGACUACCUGCGACACACGACCAGUCGCAGCUCGGAGGACAGCGGGCUGGAGGAGCUCUGCAACAUGCUGGACCCGGAGCACAAAGAUGUCUCCAUUGAUCUGGACACGUAUCACGCCGUCAUGAGGGAGUGGAUCGAAGACUGCCGCAACAACGGAGAUGAGUCUGUCGACGACCUCACGCAGGACUCGGUGAAGCUCAGAGACAGCCUGUCUGCCAAGAGGUCCAUGCUGCUCAAUAUGACCUCAGGAAGCUUGGAGGCCUUCGGAGGGGAAGCGUCCAGAGCAGAAUUCGAAACAUCAGAGCUGGUGUACUGUGUCGCUGACCUCCAGAUGAGCAACCAGAAGCUCCAGGAGGAGGUGAGGAAGCUGAAGCAGGCGGUGGAGGGGAUGGAGGAGAGCAACCAGAAGCUCGCCGAGGAGAACGAGGACCUACGCGUUCAGGCCAGAGUCAACCAGCAGCUGGCACAGAAGGAGAAGAUGCUGAAGGAGGAGGUGGAAGAGAUGAAAGCCACUCUGAGCUGCACAGAGGAAGGCAGAGCUCGAGCCUCCGCGCACAGCAAACACGUGGAGAGAGAAAACCAGAGUCUCAUUGCCAAGAUCGCUGCUCUUCAGGAAGAGAACUUCAAGGUCACCAUGGAGACGGACGAGCUUCAGAAGAGGAUAACGGAGCUGUGUGACAUUAACGCUGACCUUCAGGUGCAAAUUCACUCUUUUGAUGCGGUCGUUAGUGAAAAGGAAGCUGCGAUACUAGAGAAGAGCCGACAUAUAGAUGAGCUGAAGGCGGCAGUCGAGGAAUACGCCUCCAUCAUAGAGCUGCUGAGGGUGGACAAGAGCAAACUGGAGAACCAGAUGCAGAUGAUUCUCCCAGACCUGGCUGGGGCGAGUCUGUCUCUGUCGGUGGCGUACAGGAUGAACCAGAGCAGCUUAGGAUCCCUGCAAACAGAACUGGCUCUGGCUCAGUCGCCACUGGAGGCUCCUCACGGAGUCGACCAUUUGUCCACCACCAUGAGCUUUGCCUCCCCGCUGGACGAGACUCUGGACCGAGAAGUGCUGCUGAUGCUGCAGGGACCAAGUCCUGAACACAUGGCUCUGGAGUUCAAGAGCCUCCUGCACAAACUGAAAAGGGAUUUCAGGGAAGAAACCGACUCGGUCUUAUCUACAGUCAGAGGAUUGUUUGAUGACCACACACAGCCGGCGGGCGACGCAAAUCUGCAGACGGUGCAGGCCGAGCUGGACGCGAGGAGGGCGGACUGGGUCCUCAGCCUGGACCAGCUGGCCCAGUACACGGACUCGCUGGAGAAGGAGCUGAUCAAAAUGGCCAGCAACAUGAGGAGGUCGCGCACCGAGAUCCUCCACCUCUCAGUCAGGGUGCAGGAGCAGGAGAACCAGAAGCGGCAGCUGUGUGAGGAGCUGGAGCAGCUAAAGACGCCUCAGGACAGCCGGGAGGCCUCAUGCCAGACACCUGCACCAGAGGACGAGCCCGGAGAUGACUUGGACUGGGAUGAGGAGUUCGCCCUCCAAGACUUCCUGAAGAACGAGCUGGCGGAGAGGAACUGCCGGGACGAGCGAAGAGGCAGUCGCCCCGAGGAGACGGCAGAUAAGCUGACGGACAGAGGCGGCGGCGGCGGCGGCGACGAGGAGGACGGGGAGGAGAGGUGGACGGUGGUGGACACAGCGGGAGAAGGAGAAGUGAGGGACACGUCGACUCCCCUGGAGGCCCGGCCUGGUCAGGAAACGGAAAGUCGAGACUCUGCAGCCUGCACGGAGCCGGAGGUGAACUGUGAGCCGCUGCAGGAAGAGGCAGCGGUGCCAUUGAGCGCCCACUCACAAGCUGUCAGCAUUAGACAGCCUGAGGCGGAUGCUCUCCCUGAUCUGUCCCACUCAGAGAACAACACUGCAGACGUUUGUGAGAGUGCAGAGUCUCAGUCGUGCGGUCCGACCCAAAGCCUGAGCACCGAGCCCGACCAGGAUCAAACCAUCGAGCCUGUGAACACCCCUCCCACAGAAGGUGAAAUGGUUUCUCCCAACAGCACAUCACCUGGACCGGAGGAGACCAUCGCACAGAGUGAGAGCAUCCAGCCGACCGGCGACGACCGCAGGGAAGAAGAAGAAGAGAAAGGAGGCGACGUGGACGCGAGCGCCGGAGACAUGAGUCGCUCUAAGAGCCUAAGCCAGGACCCGUCGGCAGACAGAUCAGCAGCUGAGGACAGCACGAGCCUGCUACCUGUGCUGGUGGAGGAGGAGGAGAGCAUCCAGGACGGCGCGGCCGAGGCUCCAGCAGCUGGCAUGGCGGGGACUGACCGGCUCACCAGCAGUGGGCCGACCACCACCACCACCUCCUCCUCCUCCGACAGCAGCUCCGCUCAGUCGGCCAACCAAUCGGGGAGCGUGGGCGGCGUGACCUCCGACCCCGGACACUCGGAGGUUAGCGAGGCCAGAAAGGACGCCUUCCUUCGCAGCAAAAAUAAGAGGGAACUGGAGCUGACGCGCGGCAUGGAGGCCAUCGAGGAGCAGAAGGUUCAGGAGGACCAGAGUGAAACCAACAAGACCACUGAGAAGGAAGCUGAUAUGUCAGUCAUCUCUGACAACGGCGAAACCUUCAAAGAGGACAGAAACAGCCUGUCGCCAAGUGACAAGGAGAUAGAGGCGGAGUUCCAGCGUCUGGCUCUGGGGUUCAAGUGCGACAUGUUCACCCUGGAGAAGAGACUCCGACUGGAGGAGCGGUCGCGUGACUUGGCCGAGGAGAACGUCCGCAGAGAAGUGUCCAGCUGCCAGGGCUUACUGCAGGCUCUGAUUCCUCUGUGUGAGGACGACAACCAGUCCAUGGAGAUCAUCCAGAGGCUCCAGAAGAACCUGGAUAUCCUCAUCCAGUCCAUGACCCGAGUGUCCAGUCGCUCCGAGAUGCUUGGAGCCAUUCACCAGGAGAGUCGUAUCGGCAAAGCGGUGGAGGUGAUGAUCCAGCAUGUGGAGAACCUGAGGAGGAUGUACACCAAGGAGCACGCCGAGCUGCUGGAGCUGAGAGAGACGCUGAUGCAGAACGAGAGGUCGUUCGGAUCGCAAACGGAAAGAGAUGACUUCCGCGGUAAGAAGCAGUCGUCGUCUCAGUACUACAAGUCGACAUCCCGGCGGGUCAGCAUAGCAGCAAUUCCCCGUGGAGGCAACAUGCACUUUGACAUGUCUAAAACUCAAGAUGGCUCAGAGGCGGAAACAGAGCGGCUGACCAGGCGAUCCCCGUGGAAUAUGGCAGGGAAGAGCACAGCGCGUCCCCCGCUAAAACGCUUUGUUAGCUCUGCGGCAUGGGUUGACACUGAAGAGCCCUCCCUCAUGAUGAAGGGGACGGCCUGCAACAACACAGACUGCCAGUCGGAGGAAGAGCAGAAGGAGGAGGCAGUGGCAGAGAGGAGGAGGUCCAGUCUCAGUGAGCUGGGCAGCAAACUCACCUCCCUCAUUCUGCCCCUUAAGACCCCGAGCCCUUCGUCCAGCCCGACGUCCACAGACCCAGGGAUGGCUCAGUCUCUGUCCCACGGCCUGACCAGCUCUCGGGCCGCGGCGGCAGCAGCGGUGGCCAGAGGAGGCAGGGGCCUCUGGCUCUGGUUGGCCAUGGUGGUGGUGCUAGCAGCUCUCCUGGCGCUGCUGGCCAGCCUGGUGAUGCAGCCGGCCGUGGACGCGGCCCCCGUGGGGACCGGGGACUCCUGGAUGACCAUCCAGCAGCUGCUGUGGCCCUACACGGGGCUCCGGCACAACGGACAGCCCCCCGUCUAGCCCGGGGCCCCCGCGGGUGGAUGGUGCUCCCGCCCGUCGGCCCUCUGCAGAGCUUUUCUGCACACUGGCGUCGGUGAUGGAAGGAGAACAGUGUGCGACUCCCGAGCAGAGGCUGUCGGGAUGUUUACUGGUGCCUGAAGAUUCCUAAAACGAGACUUUUGCAUUGGCAGCACAGGCCGGGCCUCGGAGGGAUAGUUAACCCUGCCCAGGAUUUUAUGCAUCACCUCACGUUUGCUAAACUAGUUAGUCUGUGUGUGUGUGCGCAUGUGUCUGUGUUUACGAGAAGCAGUUACAGGUCGUCCCUCACGGCGGACGUCAUGCUGUCAGUGCUGCUGGCCGCCGUCUCCCCGGAUCGCCCGUCCAAUCAGGGUGCAUCAGACACCGGAGCUGGCGCUGAUCAUGCCACUAUACCACUAGAAUGAUAGCACUGAUGAGUCCGUCAACGCGCUGCUCCGACUGUGCCACACAGCUUUUUAAACACAUUUCACGGAUCCGGGAGACCGCCAGCCUUUUUAACGGGAUUUUACAUUCAUUUCCUCAUCGGUUGCAGAGGACAUUUUAUAACUUUUAAGUCAACAAACACUGGUAAUAAAACUUUCAUUUUAAGUGUUUUAAAGUGUUUAUGAAAUCUAUAUUUAUGAGUUUGUUAGUUUUGAGUGGGAAGCUGUGAAUAUGUUUAUUUUUGUUAAGUUAUAAUUCUGCAUUGUUUCAGUCUGAACACCAAAGGGUUGUUUUGGUUUUUUUAUUAUUAUUAUUAUUGUUUUCCUCUACAAGUUCUUGCUGUGGUUGUCACCGUUCAACUUCAUACACUUUUGUAUGUCCCAAAGAAGAUGCGUGGAUCUUUGCACAAAUAAAGUAGCCAAUUCUACAAUA